ACAGUUUUUCGACCUGUUAACUGCAGCUCGUUUGUUUACCAGUCUUUUCGAUGGCGAAUUCUGCUACAACGAAUGUGGUUCCCACACUUUCGUAGUUCAGAUGAAAUUUCUGGUAAGUCCAAAAAUAUUCGUGCGUCGAGCGUUGGCUGAACACCACUGUGAUCUUCGAUCGUCUCUGUUCGUCGCCACUGUGAUAAGUGACGCCUUUGACAUGUUCGAAGGAAUGCGUCAAAAGAAUAUGAGUAGAGUACCAGAAUACCACCAUGCCGCUGGUGCACUCCGUCGGACUCAUCGGCAUCCUCUUCUUCUUGAUCCAGAUGGAGAAAGGAUACAACUGCAGGCUACAAAGGCAUGCUCUCAACACACGGAUUCCUGGGCCAGUAAUCUUGGUCGUUAGCUCCAUCCACAAUGUGUCAGAUCUACGAGAGAGCAGAUCACCCAAUCGUAGUCAGAAGACAAUUUGUUAUCGGGUGAGGGAGAUCAAGUGACUGUAACAUUGUCCAUUACAUCUUUACAGCAAUUGAGAAGCUUGAAGGAAAAUUUGAUUUCUUAGGGAUGGUUAAAAGCCUACUUAAAUUAGAUUAGGUUAUAUCCUUCAUUGAAUUUGAAAUGGAUUUGAAUAGAAAAAUAAGUCCACAAGUAUAUGUUACAUGCUAAUUAGGCUUGACACCUGAAACUGAACCCAAGUAUACAAUACAAGAGAAUAGAGAGAAGAGCAUUGUAUAAAUAUUACUUAAACACCGGAAGAAAAUAUAAAUGAGUGUAUACAUGGUUCGUCAUAACUAUUUAAAUUUGGGUUACCAUUAAACCCAAAAGCAUAAACUGGUAGGAAAUAACCCAAUGUAUAUAUAAUACUUUAACAUCCUCUCUCAUGUGUCAAGUGCAAGCAUAAUUGAUCCUAUUUAUAUGGUGCAAACCUUGCACCGGCAACAUGAAGCUGUUAAGCUAACACCCUACAGGAGUGCCAACAAAAGAGCAUCCCUGGUGGGUUUCCUCGGUAAAGAAAAUGUAGUGUAUUAGCAAGUAUUAUACAAGUGAAAGGGCAAUGUGUUUGGUUGGCAAGAGAAUCCAGGGCAGUUGAGGAAGAUGGCCUGUUUCAUUCAAGCUUGUGACACACAUUUCCUCUUCCUGCUUCAUGUUGAGUAUAAAUAGACCAUGCAGAGAGAAGCCAGCAUCUCAUGUGUUGGGUGACCACAAGAAGGCAGAAGGCAAGCAGAGGAGCAGGUGGCCAUGGCAGAUCACAAAACUGAGCUUUACUUUGUCUUCAUGAACUUUGAUCCAGUCUACGAGCACCUUCGUGCCGAUCGAUCAAAGGAAGGCAUGAAGGAGCUUGACACCUACCUGAGCAGCAAGCAUGACCAGCUACUUGCAAAGUUUCUCCCACCAAGCACCUACAAGAAGAAGUCCUCCUUGGCCAUUGUUGAUGGCUUCUCAGUGGAGACAACCAAAGAGCAGGCAGCCAUUCUUAGAUCUGCAAAGGAGGUGAGGGUGGUUGAGAAGAACCAAGAACUUGCUUGACUGCAUGAGAUAUGUGUACAACUUUGGAAAGGAUAAUACAUUUGAAUCUGUAAUAGUCAGUCUGAGAGUUGCUAGGAAAUUUCAUAAGCUCUGUACAUUGUAGUCAUUGCUUGACUUGAAGAUCUUUUUAUUUUGUCUGUGAAUCCGAAAGUUUAACACGAUCUCAAUAAAAAACUCAUGUUGU